UGCGCUAUGCCGGCUGCUGCGCGGGGUUCGCGCCCACCGCCAGAUUCUCGGGACCUUUGGCGACUCUAGCAGCUGUCAGGCCGCCUUUCCUAUUCCGUAGGAGCCUCCCGGAGUCCAGCGGCUGCAGACACAGUGAAGGACCAGAAGCCUCCCCAGCCCGCCCCAGCCAUGCUCUCCGCGGAGGCCGCGGGCCCGGCCGAGGCCCCGGGUCGUGGCGUCCGGAGCAAGUCCAUCAGUCCCCGCCAGAUCCCGGUGAUCGGGGUGGUGACCGAGGAUGAGGAGAUGCAGAGUGUUUUCAAGCCUAUGGACCUUCAUCGUAUCAUCACAAUACUUGAAGAGAAAGACAAGGAUGAUUUAGAAGAAAAACAACUUAAAUAUGUCAAGAAAAUGGUACAAUAUUAUCAAAAUGGACUUCCCUUAAGGGAGUUAACACAGAUAUUUAAGAUUCUGAAUCUGUGUGCAAUAAAAGUUGAAAACCAGCCACGUUUUAUAGAAUCUGUAUAUGAGAUCCUAAAACUGUGUGGCUUGCCCUUUUUGAAAAAAAAAGCAUCAGAUGAAAUAACUUACGCUGAAGAUACUGCUAAUUCACUUGCACUUCUGGGUGAAUUAAUGAAAAUACCAAGUUCUGAACUGAGGAUACAUAUUUGUAAGUGUAUUAUUGACUUCUAUCAUGCAGAGCCUCCAAAGAAGCAUAUUCCAGGUUACCAGCAAGUUAGUUCAUCAUACAAGAUCAAAAUGGCUGAGGUUGGAGGACUGGCUAGAACAAUGGUCCAGUCAAUGAUCUUGCUUGAAAAUCAACUGGUUGAGAAACUUUGGGUGCUUAAAGUUCUGCAGCAUCUCUCAACAUCUGAAGUUAAUUGUGCCUCAAUGUUAAAAGCACAAGCAGCAAGCAGAAUCUGUGCUCACCUCAAUGACCCUGAUCCCUCUGGACAGCUUCUGUUCCGUUCAUCAGAAAUACUUUGGAAUUUAUUGGAAAAGUCUUCAAAGGAGGAAAUCAUACAACAGCUUAGUAACUUGGAAUGUUUGCUGGCUUUGAAGGAAGCAUUUAAAAAUUUGUUCGUGAGAGGUUUUACUCAUUAUGAUCAUCAACUUAGAAAUGACCUAUUAGUGAUCACAACAAUUAUAGCUCAAAACCCUGGAGCACCAAUGAUUGAAUGUGGCUUUACCAGGGAUUUGAUACUAUUUGCAACCUUUAAUGAAGUUAAAAGUCAAAAUCCUUUGGUAAAAGGUCUUAAGCUUUCUAAUACCUAUGAAGAUUUUGAGUUGAAGAAAUUACUAUUCAAUAUAAUUGUGAUCUUAUGUAAAGAUUUACCUACUGUACAGCUGUUAAUUGAUGGCAAAGUUGUUUUGGCUUUGUUCACUUAUGUUAAGAAACCUGAGAAACAGAAAAUAGUUGAGUGGUCUCUGGCACAGCAUGAAGAAUUACAGCUACAUGCAAUUGCCACCUUGUCUUCUGUGGCGCCCUUGUUAAUAGAGGACUAUAUGUCAUGCCAGGGAAAUGCUCGAAUCCUGGCAUUUCUGGAAUGGUGUGAGAAUCAAGAUCCUUUCUUCAGCCAUGGUAAUAGUUUUCAUGGCACAGGUGGCCGUGGCAAUAAGUUUGCCCAGAUGCGUUACACAUUAAGACUUCUGAGAGCCAUGGUCUCUCUUGAGGAUGAGAAUAUAAACACAGAUCUUUGUGAAAAGGAAACAAUUCAACAACUGAUAGGAAUCUUCAAAAAUACAAUAAAGGAUCCCAAUGAAAAGGAAGAGGCCAUUGUUUUAGAAAUCCAAUCUGAUAUAUUACUUAUUUUAUCUGGCCUUUGUGAGUAUCAUAUUCAAAGGAAGGAAAUUUUUGGAACUGAAGGGGUGAAUAUAAUUCUCCAUGUAAUGAAAACUGACCCCAAGAAGUUACAGAGUGGAUUGGGUUAUAAUGUGCUUCUUUUUAGUACAUUGGACAGCAUUUGGUGCUGUAUUUUGGGAUGUUAUCCCUCAGAGGAUUAUUUUCUUGAAAAGGAAGGCAUUUUUCUCCUUUUGGAUAUAUUGGCAUUGAACCAAAAGAAGUUCUGCAAUUUAAUACUUGGAAUAAUGGUUGAAUUUUGUGAUAAUCCCAAAACUGCAGCUCAUAUCAAUGCCUGGAGAGGGAAAAAGGAUCAGACAGCUGCUAGUCUUUUAAUUAAAUUGUGGAGAAAAGAAGAAAAAGAACUAGGAGUAAAACGGGACAAAAAUGGGAAGAUUGUUGAUACAAAGAACCCUCUAUUUACUAGUUUUCAAGAAGAGCAAAAAAUCAUUCCACUGCCUGCUAACUGCCCAUCCAUUGCAGUUAUGGAUGUUGCUGAGAAUAUCAGAGCAAAAAUUUACGCAGUUUUGGGCAAACUAGAUUUUGAAAAUUUACCUGGUCUAUCUGCUGAAGAUUUUGUCACCCUCUGUAUCAUACACAGAUAUCUUGAUUUUAAAGUUGGAGAAAUAUGGAAUGAAAUAUACGAAGAAAUAAAAUUGGAAAAGUUAAGUCCAGUCACUUCAGAUAGAACAAUUUUGGAAUCUAUUAUAACAGCAUCACAAAAUAUUGGAAAGAUGGUUGUUUCUUUGCAAAGUGAAAUGAUUGAAAGCCAAAUACGCCAAGAUAUGCAAAAUGAACAAAAAGUGUAUUCAAAAAUACAAGGAACAAACAAGCAAAGAGAACUGGCUAAUAAGUCAUGGGAAAAUUUCUUGGCUAGAACAUCUAAUAUUAAAACACUAAAGAAAGCAAAGAAGCUUCAAGAAAAGGCUAUAGAAUCUUCCAAAUACAAUGAACGACCACAUAAUGCAGUAUGUCACCGAACAGUUAUUAAAGGCCUUAACACAACGGUAUCCUCUGGUCCGGUAGUAACAGUGGAAAGCACGCCUGUCCGUUUAUUGGGAGGCCCUCUAGCUGAUACAGAUAUUGCUCUUAAAAAGCUCCCUGUUCGAGGAGGAGCCUUGCAGAAGGUGAAAACAGUCAAAAUUCUGAAUGAGCCAAAAAAGAGUAUUCCUACCUAAGAAGAGACACUAGAGGCCUUUUGAAAUAAAUUC